AUGGUUCCUCAGAGUGAGGGCGUGACCUCAGACUUCUUGACCUGGAACUGCUCCAACUGCAGCCAGGCCUCAGUCCCAGACCUCAAUGUGCCCAAGGUGGUGGUGCUUGGUUUAGUGUUGGGGGUAUUCCUUGUGUUUGGGGUGCUGGGCAAUGUGCUGGUCAUCCUGUCGGUGAUGUGCCACCGGCACCUUCGCACUGCCACCCAUUACUUCAUUGCCAACCUGGCAGUAGCUGAUCUGCUGCUCAGUUCUGCUGUGCUGCCCUUCUCAGCAAUUUUCGAAAUGCGUGGCCACUGGCUGUUUGGCCGGGCACUCUGCAAUGCCUGGACGGUCCUGGACGUACUCUGCUGCACUGCUUCCAUCCUGAGCUUGUGCGCCAUCUCGGUGGACCGCUGCUUGGGAGUGAGCUACCCACUGCGCUACCCAGCCAUAGUAACAGAACGCCGGGGGCUGCUGGCUCUGGCUGCUGUCUGGGCCCUCUCCACCGCCAUCUCUGCAGGACCGCUCCUGGGCUGGAGGGAGCCAGCACCUGAGGAUGAGUCCAUAUGCGCCGUCAACCAGGAGCCAGGCUAUGCUAUCUUCUCUGCUGUGGGAUCCUUCUACCUGCCACUAGUCAUCAUCCUGGUCAUGUACUGCCGUGUGUAUGUGGUGGCGCGGCGUGAGACCCUGGGCCUUCGUGAGGGCCACAAGGCUGCAGGCUCAGACCUUGAGGGUGUGACGCUGCGCAUGCACCGUGGGGCUGUAGCCAUCCCGGACGAUGAGGCACUGCGCAGUCGUACGCACUUCACCCUGCGCCUGCUCAAGUUCUCCCAUGAGAAAAAGGCAGCCAAGACUUUGGGCAUUGUGGUGGGCUGCUUCGUGCUCUGCUGGCUGCCCUUCUUCCUGGUACUGCCCAUUGGCUCGAUGUGCCCCUCCUACAGGCCCUCGGACACGGUCUUUAAGGUCACCUUCUGGCUGGGCUAUUUCAACAGUUGCAUCAACCCCAUCAUCUACCCCUGCUCCAGCAAGGAGUUCAAAAGGGCCUUCCAGAAUGUUCUACAUGGCCGCUGCCUCGGCCGCAUGCCCAGACCAGCCAAACCACACUGCCCAUUUACUGGCAAUACUGGGCCUGCAGACCCUCUGUCAGUUCGGGCUCAGGCGGUACACGCUUGUGCAUCCUGCAGGCAGUGGAAGACCACUCCUAUGUCCUCUCCUCCGGAAUCUGCCCGAUUCCACGGCAAGAGCCUGCUGAAGACAUGUUGCUGCGUUUCCGGGGCAAUGCCCGUGACGGUACCUAUCUCCAAGACUCACCACAUUACCCCACGUAAGACCGGCGAGCCUGUGUGA